GCAGCAAAAUGAACACAGCAUACACUCCUCUCUCUCCCUUCUCUUGUUGGUAGUGGAGUGGAGUACUUAUUACUACUACAACUACUACUUUAUUAGUUUAUUCUUCACUGCAUCUGUUUCUCUCUCUUCAUCACUCCUCAAUUUCCCCUCUUCCCAUUCGCUCACACGUAUCCCUCUCUAUCUCCUGAUUUGAGAUGGGUAGCAUUAGCCACAACCAAGUCACGGUCUCCAUAUGCUUCAAAAUUAUACUUUAUGUGCUCGUCUUCAUCAUAUCUCAUGUCGACGGUCAAAACGCUUCCCAACAACUAAGUAUCACGUUCAUAGCAGAUGCCAUAACAAAAGGGGCCGGUAAAAUCUGCUUGGAUGGAACCCCUGGAGCCUACUAUUUUUCCAAGGGAUUCGGAGAUGGAAUCAAUAGUUGGAUGAUUUUUCUACCGGGAGGAGCAUGGUGUGCUACAAAUGAAGGAUGCCUCAAUAAGAGCAGCACAGAUUUAGGGUCCAACAAAAAUCCUCCUCCAUUACCUUUGGGUACUUUCCAAAGUACAAACAAAACAAUAAAUCCAGAUUUUUAUAACUGGAAUAUUGUUCAGAUCCGGUACUGUGACGGUGCAUCAUUUAUGGCAGAUGUUGAAGCCGUCAAUCCGGAAACAAAUCUCCAUCUAAGAGGUCGGAGAAUCUUCACCUCUGUAAUCGAAGAGCUCAAGAGUACUCAAGGAAUGAGUAAUGCUGAAAAUGCUUUACUCAUAGGAAACUCGGCAGGUGGGUUGGCGACGAUCCUAAAUUGUGAUCGUUUCCAUUCUUUCCUACCCGGUGCCUGUCGUGUAAAAUGCAUUUCAGAUUCUGGCUUCUUUAUUCGGGCGGAACAUCUCCGUGGAGCUCAGGACAAUGCCAUAGACAACUUUCGCAAAGUAGUUUUAUUUCAUGAAUUAGCCCAAUUUCUACCGGAGUCAUGCACACAAAGACUUGCUCCAGAAUUGUGUUUUUUCCCAGAAAAUGUGGUCAAUGAUAUCCGGACGCCAUUGUUUUUGCUAAAUUCAGAUUUUGACAAAUAUCAAAUAUCGAAAUACGUAGCACCAAAUUCGCCUAACGAAGUGGGUUGGAAUAAUUGCACUACAGAAUUUAGCAAGCUUUCAAGUUGCACAGAAAAUCAACAUCAUAUCAUAAUGGAUUUUCAGACCACGUUUAUGGAAACAUUGGAGAAACUAGAUGAUAAUCCAUCAAGAGGAUUAUUCAUCACAUCGUGCUAUAUCCAUGAUUUUAUUUACAAACCACCCAAUUGGCAAAGAAUACCAGCUUUGCAAAAUAAGACAAUUCAACAAGCAUUGGGUGAUUGGUAUUUCGAAAGAAGCAGUGUUUGCCUUAUAGACACUCAAAAUUUACAUCCAAUUAACUGCGAUAUAGUAUAAAUCUGUUAAGUUUAUCUAUUUUUUUCGUUGCAAGUAUAUUUAAAUUAAUGUUUAAGAAAAAUGUUAUCUAUCAAGUUAAUAUGGGUGUCAUUCAACUUAUUUUAUCAAUAUCAGUAUUAUUUUAGCA